UUGACAACGGAACCAUUGAAUUGGAAACCGCGAAGAAUUCUACGACUUCCCCAGAAUUAUGACGAUUUAUUCAAUCGAUAUUUUCAUCGAGAAUGUUUGACGUGUUGUAAGGUGAGAUUUUUGAAUGGAAAAAAAUUUGGGAAAAUUUGGAUUCGGUUAAUUGUGAGCCGAGUUUUAGAGCUCUAAAAUUCAGAAAAUCGUGGUUUUUCAUAAUUUUCUGAAUUUGUGUUCUCAAAAUUCAUAAUUUUUCUGGUUCCAGAAAAUUUUUUUCAAAAUUUUCGAAUUUUCUAAACUUUUGUAGUUUUCUUUCAUUUUUUCAACUUUGAAGCUUCAUAGCAGCUCAAAUUUUUUGAAAAAAAAUUCCAGAAAUUUUUUUCAACAUUUUCUGAAUUUGUUCUCUCAAAAUUCAUAAUUUUUCUGGUUCCAGAAAAGUUUUCUCUCAAAAUUCAUAAUUUUAAAGUUUUUUUUAAAUUUUCAAAGUUUCUUUUGAACUCUAUUAAAUUUUGGAUUUUUCAACAAAUGUUCGAAUUUUCUAAACUUUUGUACUCACAGCAACUCAAAUUUUUUGAACAAAAAAUUCAGAAUCUCCAAAAAUGCCAAGAAAUAUUUCAUUUUGCUCCAAAAUUUCUGAAUUCCACCCAGAAAUUCCAAAAAAAAAACAUUUUUGACCUAAAUUUCCAGCUAAUCCUCAAAAAAAUCAAUUUUUAAAAAAAAUUUUCCAGGUUCCAUCUUAUCCCUUGAUUUGCUUGAUGUGUUCCAAAUUGAUCUGCCUCGGCGAUUGUUGUCAAACAUUAAAAAGUCUUGGAAUUGGAGCUGAAACCAGAUUGACUGUCACCGAAAUGCAAACGGUUUGUUUUUCUACCUUAUGUUUUCAAGUCCCAAAAAAAUCCCCAAAAUUUACAGCACGCUGAAGAAUGUUCCUCCUCAAGUGGGCUAUUUUUAUCCCUAACCUCUUCGCUAAUUAUAAUCGGUCGGGGAAAUGCUUCGGCGAUUUGGGGUUGUGUUUAUCUGGAUUCGCAUGGUGAAGAGGAUCGAAAUCUGAAACGCGGAAAACCACUGAUACUAUCGAAUCGUCGAUUUGAACUUCUCGAAAAAGAUUGGCAUCAACAAGAAUGGCAACGUGUUCGGCAAUGGAUUCCGUUCGCAACUUCUCAAAUUCUCAUCGCUUCGAUUCGCGAUUCUCAUUAUCAUGUAAAUAAUUGA